CAAAACCCAAUCACAAUUCCCCCAGAAUCCCCUUUUCUUAUUAUUACCGCAAAUAGUUUCUCAAGAUUAACAAUCGAUGGGUUACUCAAAAGACCAACUGAUAGCUCGUUUGAAGGAGCUUCAAAUUGAUUUCGGACUAUAUGAGCAUCCUGCUGUUUUGACUGUUGAUGAGCAGGCGAAAUAUGUGGGACAUUUGGAUGGUGCAUUGAGUAAAAAUCUGUUCUUAAAGGAUAAAAAGCAUAGGUAUUAUGUUGUUUCUGCAUUGGAAGGCACCAAAGUAGACAUGAAAAUUCUAUCUCAGAGGCUUGGACUAGGAAAGGGAGGCUUGCGUUUUGCUCCUGAAGAAGCACUUGCAGAGAUACUUCAGGUGCCUCUGGGAUGUGUUACUCCAUUUGCACUUCUUAAUGAGUCAGCCAGGGAUGUUUCUUUAUUGUUGGACCAAGGGUUGAGAACAAAGGAGUGCUGCUUCUUUCACCCAUUGUCUAAUGAUGUGACCAUAUCUCUGAACACCAGAGGUCUGGAUAAGUUUCUGAAUUCAAUUGGAAAACCACCCACCUAUGUGGAUCUGGAGGCUAACCCACCAGUUGGGAAGGACCAACCCCCAGAUCUUGCUGAUUUGGUUCCUUCUGAUGUCACCACAUUGUCCGAUAAACUGGAGGUAGUGUCAGUAGAUACUGAAAAGAAGAACCGUGUUUCUGCGGAUGUAAAAUCAGAAGUUAAAGCAAAAACUGAGAAGGCAUCCAAGAGUUCGAAAAAACAAAAUGCCAGUAUGGAAUCACAAACUACCUUUGCCGAUCCUGGCAAAUUUGUUCAAGAAAUCUUAGAGCAGAUGUCACAUGUGGUUCUUUCUGAGGUAAGGAGAAUCCUGCCAUUGUAUGUUAAUGUUAUCCGUUGGUUUAACGGUCCAUCUGAUGAAUGAUGAUUACAGAUUAAUGAUGAGAAGAAUAUCAACAAACACGGGGAUCAACUUGGUUCUGUAGUUUCAAACAGUAUCAAGAGGCGCCUUACAGCGGAAUUAACAAAUAAUGCUGUGAGGACUUCUUUCGUUUUUUAUAUUUAUCUCUGUUUCUUGUUCCCGAAGUUUUAGUGAAAUUACCACAAGUUAGGUUUAUGAUUGCAUUAUUCAACUAUAACUUCGAAAGUCCAAGAAUUAACGUAAUACUUCUGAGGUAAUUACCAUCAUUUGUCUUCCUGUGAUGCUGGCAAUAGAUAUCCAAUGAGAUAAUAUCCUGGUAGUCAGCUUUAUAGUAAAUCCUAGCCUCACAUGGAAGCAAAUGUUUCCAUAACAGUAGAAAUAUCUAGGAAACAGUUCAUUGCUCUUCUUGAACAAUGUAAUGGCAUAUAUCGGUAAGGGAUGUCCACUGCAGUAAUGAAUUUUCUGGCCUCUGGAGCAAACAAUAACUUUUUGAUACUCAGAAAAGAUUGUAGCCUGUAGUGGCUUCCUGUAAUUUUGUUCCUUGAUUAUGAAAAACUGGGUAUUUUUUUAUGGUUGCUUUAUGGUCGUUAAUAUUCUUUGAUUUGCAAUAUUCUUCUGUCCCCAAAUGAUUGUCCAGUUUCGAUUUUCAUUUUUAAUACAAAGAGUACUAAAAGUGAUAAUCCAAAUAGGGCAAUCAUUUUGGGGCAGAGUGUGUAAAACUUGAGCCUUGUAUGGUUCUCAUAAUUUUGUGUUCUUUUUUGUUUAGUCUUCACCGCAGUUUCUUAUAUUUCCUAUGUAGGUUUUUACAUUCUGAUUAUCAAUUUACGUAAUGAUGUGUACUGGCUGUGUCUUGAGAACAUCAAGAGGGUCAUUUCCCUGUUUGUUUCUUGUCAUUCAUAUCUGUCUACUAACUGGAAUGGUUUCUCUGUUGCAGACAAUGUUCAAGAACACUGCAUACACAGAAGGCUUUGACGCUGGCAUUGAGAGUAUAAAAUAUCGGAUCCGACACCUUUGAUCGAUGGAUCCUAUUAGAUCAUUUUGGGAGAUCGUCAUUUCGGUAGAGUGUUAGCCCCCGCACCCCCUCUUCAUUGUCCGGCAUUCUACUACUAACCUUUUUUGGGUAUUUACUGAAUGAUUGCUGCAGUUGAUAUUGGGUGAGAUGUUCUGUUGAAUCAUCUAUUCGACUUCUACUUCAUUACAGCAUUUAUAUUUGGUUUCUGACUAUUUGGUCUUAUAAGUUUUACUAGUGCCACUGCCAAAACCCUCUCCGCGAGCUUCCUCUGUCCCGUAAUAACUGUUGCUCUCUUACUCACUUUAUUUUUUUCGGUUUCUAAUAUUACCUGAGCAGCAAAGUUGUAUGGAUCACUGUACUGAAAUAAAAAUAUGAAUGAAAAUGGCAACGAU